AUGCUUCAGGUGAAGCUAAUAGUAACUGGAGAUGACUUUGGCUAUUGUCCUCGGAGAAACCAAGGCAUCGUGGACUGCUUCCUGGCUGGUGCGGUAUCUAACGUGUCCCUUCUAGUCAACGGAAGUGCUGCAGCAGAUGCAGCCAAGCUGGCAAGGAGAUACAACAUCCCAAUAGGCCUGCAUGCCAACCUCUCCGAGGGCUCUCCUGUAUGUGAGGUGCUCAAGACAAACUCUUCUCUGCUCAACCAAGACGGAUUCUUCCAUGGGAAAAUGGGAUUCAGAACAGCUCUAUCAAAAGGUCUCCUGAAUAUGUCAGAGGUGAAGCAGGAGCUAAAGGCCCAGGUGGAGCUGUUCCAUGAGCUGACAGGUCACCUACCUCCUCACAUGGAUGGGCACCAGCACGUCCACGUCCUCCCAGAGGUCAGGCACGUGUUUGCAGAGGUGCUAGAGGAAUAUGGGAUUAGGUACACACGUGUCCCAAUAGAGCCAGGCCUUCAUCAGUGCGACUGGAUUCCACCAUCCCUAAUGGACUUUUAUCUGGGAGUAGAAGAAGAUUCUUUUAACACAGUGGAUGUGUUUACAAGGCAUGGAAUAAGGUGGCCAGACAUAUACAUAGGUUUGAGUACCAUGGGCAAGAACAUGUCUGUCAGUAACAUCUGGAGCGCCAUCGACACUGCCAUCGUGGAGUUCACGUCCAAGGCGCCCUCGCCCGCACACCCGACGCCACAGAGCGGGACGGUAACGAUUGAACUGAUGGUCCAUCCAGGGUACCCGAGUGUCCCGCCCGUCGGCGGCUGUGGGGAAGGACCAGAUGAUUUCUCACAGUCCUGGGAGCGCCUCCAUGAACUCCAGACGUUAAUUAAGCCAGAGCUGCAGAGCCAUUACAAAACCAGGAACAUUCAGCUUUGUUCAUUCAAAGAUCUUUAA